AGUUCCACACCAGGCUGAAGAGCUGAAAGCUAGUCAGCCAGCCACCUCUGUGCCAAAGCAGGGCUAGAAGGAAAUCUCAGCUACCAUGGGGAGGCAAAAGGAAGUUCUCGCUAGAAUUGCAGAGAUGCUGAGGAUCAGAAACAAACUUGUGAGGCAAGCACUGGCCGAGUGCCUGGGGACCCUGAUUCUGGUGUUGUUUGGCUGUGGCUCGGUCGCUCAGAUCGUUCUCAGUAGAGGAACCCACGGAGGCUUCUUGACUGUGAACCUGGCCUUCGGCUUUGCUGUUACCCUUGGAAUUCUGAUAGCAGGGGAAGUGUCAGGUGGCCACUUGAAUCCUGCUGUAACUUUUGCUCUGUGCCUCAUGGCCCGGGAGCCGUGGAUUAAGCUGCCUAUUUACAUCCUGGCACAAACCCUCGGUGCUUUCCUAGGAGCGGGCAUCGUCUUUGGCUUGUACUUUGAUGCCAUAUGGGCUUUUGGCAAUAACCAGUUGUUUGUACUGGGACAGAAUGGCACUGCUGGCAUUUUUGCCACAUACCCGUCUGAGCAUCUGGAUGUAGUGAAUGGAUUCUUUGACCAGUUCAUUGGCACAGCAUCCUUGAUUGUUUGCGUCUUGGCUAUUGUGGAUCCCUACAACAACCCUAUCCCCCGGGGCCUAGAGGCAUUCACUGUUGGCUUUGUGGUCCUGGUUAUUGGGACAUCCAUGGGCUUCAACUCUGGAUAUGCCGUCAACCCAGCCAGGGACUUUGGGCCUCGUCUUUUCACCUCCAUUGCUGGCUGGGGCACGGAAGUGUUCUCUACUGGCAAGCAAUGGUGGUGGGUCCCAAUCGUGGCCCCUUUCCUUGGGGCAGUUGCUGGAGUGCUGGUUUACCAGCUGAUGAUUGGAUGCCACGAUGAGCCGUCUCCACCAUCCACUGAGCAGGAAAAUGUCAGGUUGGCCAACGUGAAGCAUAAGGAAAGGGUCUGAGGAGGCUGGCAGAUAUGGACACUUUUCACAGGACUGCAGAAACCAAAGAAGAGAAGGAGAAGAAGGAGAAAGAUUCAAGAACAACAAGAGACUCCACUUCUUGAGAUAUUCUAUCCUAGUUUCUUUGUACACCCUGAUGCAUUUGCUUUAGAAAUUUGCCCAUGAACCUUUGCCAAAGGCACCAUAUAGUCUCAUCUUGGUAAAGGGGGGGUUGGCAGUGCAGUCAAGUCGUUAGAGUGCUGACCUGACUCAGGCAACCUGAGUUCUAAUCAGGCUCUGCUACUGGCUUACUGCGUGACCUCGGGCAAAUCACUUCACCUCUCUGAACUUGUUUCUCCAUCAGCAGGAUGGGGAUGACGAGGCCUCCUCACACGCUGCUUUAUAAAGGGCUUAGAGAUCAACGAAUGAAAAUAUCUAAAUGCAAAAGAGAAGCAGGCGGUUGCUGUUGAAUUCAUUCCUGGUGCAACUCCACUGAGGUCAAUGGUGUUACACUAGGGAUGACCGUAGCCCAUUAAAUCUGUAGUGCAUGCCAUUAAUAGCAUAGCAUUAAGAUCCACAUCAAUCAGGCUUUGCCUAGGUAUAACGUCACAAUAGAGAGAAUGCAACAAUGCACUGGACUUUAAUUUUGUAUAAGGACAAAAUCUUUACAAGCCCACUUCACAUGGAUAUUUGAUCCUCAGCGUUCACUAGGUCAUUGAAGACAAGAUUUAGGAAAACACUAAUCCACCAGAAGCUUGCCUGGGAAAGCUUCCUUCCUGAAUGCAUUAGCGAUUCUUUCGCAUUAGAGAGGCUUAUACAGGAUUCCAAGCUUAUAGUCAUGUUUAAUUGAAAACAUGGUGCUUGACUCUCGAUAAGGCUGUGUUUGUUCGUGUAAAUUUCACAUUAGCUUUAUGUACAUAAUGCCAGGACAGGGAAGAGUUAAUUCAAGGGUGACAUAAUACAGUUGUCUAUUCACUGACCUGCUUUCCGAUACUAUCAUUGCAUUUUCAAAGUACAAUCAUGUUGGCAGAGAAAUUCCAACUCUCAUGUUAUUAGAUCAUUUUUGAUACCCAUAGCACCACGUUGUAAGAGCAUCUCAAUUCCCAUGGUGCCACGUUGUAGCUCCAGGUCUCAU